AUGACUGACGCAGUGGAUGUACGCAUCCCCAUCACCUUACUCACCGGCUUCCUCGGCAGCGGCAAAACUACCGUAUUAAACAACCUGCUGAAACCCUCAUUCUGGGAACGCUUACUACAUGCUCCACCGUUAACCGCCGUGAUCAUGAACGAAUUCGGCAGCAUCGGCCUCGACCAUCAACUGGUUGGCGAUACCCAAGGGCCAAUGGCACUGCUCAACGGCGGUUGUGUUUGUUGUGAAAUCCAAGGGUCACUGGUUCCCACCCUGAAAAACCUGUGGAUGGGGCGACGUGAUGGAAAAAUCCCCCCGUAUGAACGCAUCAUUAUCGAAACCACCGGUAUCGCCGACCCCACGCCCAUUCUCGAAACCUUGCUGCGUUCCGAGUGGGUAGCCAAACGCCAUUAUCUGGAUGGCGUUGUGACCACCGUGGAUGCAGUAUUUGGUAACGGUCAACUCGACCAGCACUUUGAAGCACUACGUCAAGUCGCGGGGGCAGACCGUUUGCUGCUCACCAAAACUGACCUUGCCGACGCAACCACCAUCCAACAGCUUGAAAGCCGCCUUGCCAGCCUGAAUCCCUCAGCCCCCAUCAGCCACGUUCAACACGGCAACGUUAACCCGGAUAACAUUUUUAAACUCCGCGCUUACCACCCAUCCGAACCCGUCAAAGCCAAGCAGUGGCUGGCAGCAGAUAAUUUCCGGGUCAUAACCGCCAGUUUACCGCUCAAACAACCCAGCAUUCUCAAUGCCAGCGCCCCCUCGCAUGGCGGCACGGACAGGCGCAUCCGCAGCUUUUCGCUGACAUUUGACCACCCCUUGCCUUGGGCAGGUGUUUCCGAAGCGCUCGACACGCUGGUAGAAUUUUGCAGCCACCGCUUGUUACGCAUGAAAGCCAUCAUCAACGUGCAAGAAUACCUUGGUCGCCCCAUCGUGCUACACGCGGUGCAGCACCUGUUUUACCCCUCGGUGGAAUUACCCGCAUGGCAGACCGCCUCAAAGCGGUUUACUUGUUAG